AUGGAGCGUGCCUUGUUGCAGAAAAUGUAUAAAACACUCAGCAAUGAUUAUACCUCAUCUUUGCACGAAAUUGCUAUUGCUUCUCAAAGUAGCAGCUUGAGAAUGUAUAUAAAAUCAAGGGGAAGAAAGUUUGGUGCUGCCAAAAGCAGAAGCAGUCAGACACGUGAGUUCAAGGCUGCAGUCCCACAGAACCCCCUUCACUGGAAGCAAUAG